CUCGUAUGUACUAUUUUGCAGUUAUAUCUUUUUGUUUACGAGUAGGUAACAAGAGUUGUGUGCGACCACGUGUUGUUAAAAAUAAUAUUGGCUAAAUAUGGCUAAAAUAAAAGUAAAGAAGAGCAAAAAGCAAGUUAACCAAGUAAAGGAAGCACCCAAGGAAGAGAAUGUACUCGUACUACCGCCUGUGCGAAUGUCUAGCGACCCUACACCAAAGCAGGUUAAAUGGAUAAAUAGGCAGCGAGUGUUGGUGUUCGCUGCACGAGGUAUCAACCACCGUCAUCGGCAUUUAAUGGAAGAUCUUAAGAAUUUAAUGCCUCACCACAAAAGUGAAUCUAAAAUGGAGCGAAGCAAAAACUUGUAUGUGGUUAAUGAAAUAAGUGAAAUGAAGAACUGCAAUAAAUGCAUUUUGUUUGAGGGCAGGAAAAUGAGAGAUUUGUAUCUAUGGCUUGCAAAUAUCCCAAAUGGUCCUAGUGCUAAAUUUUUAGUUGAGAAUAUUUACACAAUGGGUGAACUUAAGAUGACUGGUAACUGUCUCAAAGGGUCCAGACCACUUUUAUCAUUCGACCCUCAGUUCACAAAAGAUGCUCACUAUAGUCUUUUAAAAGAACUUCUCGUACAGAUAUUUGGAGUUCCAAAACACCAUCCUAAAAGCCAACCGUUCUUUGACCAUGUUUACACAUUUAUGAUUUUGGACAACAGGAUUUGGUUUAGAAACUACCAAAUAUUAUCUGAGGAUGGGGCUCUUGCAGAAAUAGGCCCUAGAUUUGUUCUGAAUCCAGUGAAAAUAUUUUCCGGAUCAUUUGGUGGAUCUACACUAUGGGAAAACCCAAAAUAUGUGACCCCAGCAAAACUCAGACAGGCAUACUCUAAGAAAGCUGCAAACAAAUAUGAGAGGAGGAUUGAAAAGAAAGUAAUGAAUGAAGCCACAAAACCAGAAACUGGUUACCCAGAUAUAGAGGGAGCAGAGUUCUUUAAGGGAGAUCCCUUGAAAAAAGCUGAAGAUGUGUUAAUGGAAGAACAAAUUAAGGAAGAGCCUGAAGAAAAUGAGAAUAAUGGUGUACCUGAACCAGUUUUCAGCAUGAGAAAAUCUAAAAGCAAACCUGACAUGGCCAUCAGGCGUAAACAACUUAAAGCCAAGAGCAAGGCUAUUUCAGAUCAAAUAAAGAAAAGAAAACAAUUUAAGAGGAAAAAACCAGUGAAAUAAGUAAUAAAAAAAUAUAUCCACACUCAUUGUUUUAUUGAGAGAUCGAAUUAGAUAACAACUAUAGUGAUUUAACAAUUAUAGUGAUAAUGGAAGGAUACAAUUUGAGGUAGAAAAAUUAAAUUAUUUUCCAAUAGAUUUCCAUUGCAACACUUGCUCAUAUAAUACUUUUAAUGUAAAAAAAUUCUUAUGCAAAA